GGGCGUCACUCACCCACUUUUUUGUCUGCUUCGCCUGUGGAUCAGCGAUUUUUUGUCUCUGGAGCGUGAUUUUUCUCUAUUGUGUGAAAAAUCAAUUUCCCUAGUGCUGGAGAAGUGCAUUGUCAAAACAUCUGACUUCUAUCGGGAACAUACAGCGAAUGGCGAAAAUUAAAUGCACCGUUCUGUUAGGAUACGACGAUGAACCGAUCGCGGAUAAGGAUAAGCCCUAUCUCAAUCAUAUGGUGAAUAAGAUUGGCGGUGUGGCGAAUUGGCCUGCGGGUGAAAUUGCAAUCGCACCUUGUGCUCUAUGUGGCCAAAAUCGUCCCUUACUGUUACAAAUAUAUGCACCGCUGGAGAAUUCACAGUUCCAUAGGACCCUGUACAUAUUUGCUUGCCUGAAUGCUCCAUGUUCGACCCAAUCGCAAAGUUGGAUCUGCGUGAGGACUCAGGCACUGGAGAAAAGUCCCGCUGAAAACGAAGCUUCUCAGGUUGUGAAAACGGUGGCAAGUAAUAUCGCGUGGUGUAGUGGAGCAGAUGACUGGGACGAUGAUGAUACGACGGGUGCGGGGAAUACCUUCAUGAGAGUCGAUACCGGAAAUGUGGUAGAUUUGGAAAACGAAGAGAAUGGUAACGUGAUUCGGUACGAAAACAGUAAAAUAUCUGACGAAGAUGACGAGAGUAACUCGUUGGAAAAUGAUCCGCUGCCAGGGUUCGGAAACCUUAGGGUCGACGAGUGGAAUGCUAACGGCGGCGGAGGUGGUGCCAAAGGAGGAUUGAUUGACAAUUUAUAUACGAGCAAGGCAACGGCAGAGAUAGAAGGGACGGAAGGUGAUGUGGUUGUGGUGGACACGCCUUUGUCGCCUAAGAGAGAUUUGCUGGCACUGCUAGAACAGCCGCAAGUUGUGCCGAGAGGACUGAAAGAUCUUACCCUCAAGAGCUUCUACAUAAGUGUUGACGAAGAACGCUCGUGUUCGCCGGUGAUAACUGAACAUGUACGAGAGUUGUUACAGGAGUAUCAAAAACACGAGGAAGUUAAAACUAGCCCCGACAGCCCGUUGGGACACGGAGCUGUUGGAGGAGGGCAACCGGUACCAAUGGACCAAGAACUUUAUGAAAAAGGCAUUCCUAUCCAUGGGGAUCUCAUGUUCCACAAUUUUAUGUCAAAGCUACAGGAGAACCCCGGUCAGAUAUUACGUUACUCGCGGAAUGCUACUCCCGUUCUCAUUGCCCCGCUGAAGGAACUACUAUCGCCAAUUUGUCAGCACUGUGGCUAUGAAAUGAUUUGUGAAGUGCAGAUUCUACCAACCAUCAUUGAAAAGCUCCGGCUAGAAGCUACUGGAGAGUGUGCUCCAAUUGAUUUUGGCAACGUACUAGUGUGGACUUGCACCAAGAGCUGUUGGGACACGCCCGACAAGAUGCGAACUGAGCAAGUGCUGGUGCAGCAGGAGUCUUAAAUUGUCUUUCCGUUCCAGGAACGCAUCGUGAUUUUAUGAAUUCGAUUCGAUUCACAUUUUAUCUAAGUGUAGCAGUAGAAUUGCAAGUGAUCUUACCGAACCGUAAAUUGUUAUCUCAUAAACGAUAUUUAUAACAAAUAUAAAAAUAAUUCGCUAGUAACAUUCAAUAUAGCAACAAUUUGCUAGCUGGUGCUUACAGAACUCCGAAUAUAACUUCUUCACAUUACUUUAGAUAUAAAACGUCUACCCGGAACGACAACCAUCACUGUCUUAGCCCGGUUAGCGAAUAGUUGCUGUACACAUAAACUGUGAAAUUUUAAUGGUUUUUAGAUACUUUAGCGUUAAAAGGAUAACCAUUUUAAAAUAUCCGUGCUAUAAAGAGUCAGUGAUGCAAUCGAAUUUGCAAGUUUAAAACAAAAUUCCAAGUACCACAAACAUAUUCCGUCAUGUCAAUUGAACAAGUUACCUAAGGCAACGUCUGCAGAAAACGAUAGAACUAAAACUGCAUUUCACCUAAACGUAUCAGGCAAACAACCAUAGAAGCAUGUGCUCAGCUGAACAAACGAGACAUAAUUCGGUGAACAGCUUUUUGAUAGAACAUUUUAAUGUCGAACCGUUGAGGAAUGCGAACAAGGUUUGUUUUGAGAAAAGGUCUUCCUCUGUUGUAUCCAAUCAAUUAAAGAACCCCUAGAGUGCAGAAAAGGCUAGUCCUAGUAGAAUAAGUGAGAAGAAAAAAAAACUAGACUGACACGUCAUAACGGAUGUUUGAAAGGGCUGGAUUUUACAAUGCAAUUUACCAUCAAUCUUGAAAAAUCCCUCUAUUAGAGUAAUUUAUCAUGCAUUUUUAACUUUAUAGACAUGUGGCAGUAAUUGCUGCUUAGUAGGUGAACAGGGCAGUUCCGGUCAUCGGUUCGAUCUCAUAACGUUGAAUAGAACGUAACAUAAGAUCCAUACAAAAUCAUUUGUCAAAAAAUCCAAAUACUUCCCGAAAUAAUAAUUUAAUAUUCGUUAAAUUCCACAAUAUACAUAAGUUGGGCAUCUUGUGCUAACUAAACAAUUUGAGUUUUCAAAAAUAAAUGGGUGUCGCUUUUUACGCGAUUGUUUUGGCCUUUUGAUUUAUUAAACCAUUGAGUUGAUCCCACGAAAAAAAAAAAAAUAAGAAAAAGCCGGAUAAAAAGUGUGGAAAUUGAGGCAGACCAAGAAAUUGAGUUUUGAGAAAUCACGUUGAAUGAAAAAUGAGAUCGAAUCGAAUAAACCAGUUUGAAAUAGUUUUCUUUUAAUAUUUGAAAGUGUUAAGUAGCAGUUCAUUGAAUAUGAUAAGCAAAUCGAAGAAAUAAACCAAACAAUGAAUCAACCGUUCAACA